CACCGCACGUCCGCACCCCACCCCACCCCACCUCACACGAGCAAGUGAGGAGGGCGAGAUGACGUCCAGCCACCGCCGCCACCGCCGCCUCCGCCCCCGCCCGACGUCGGCGCCGCCGCUGGAGGACGACGACCUGCUCGACGAGAUCCUCCUCCGCCUCUCCCCGGAUCCGUCCUCCCUCCCGCGCGCCUCCGCCGUCUGCGCCCGCUGGCGCCGCCUCGUCUCCGACCCCGGCUUCGCCAGCCGCUUCCGCCUCCGCCACCGCCGCAGCCCUCCCAUCCUCGGCUGCUUCAUCAGGGACAAGCAGAGUCCGAUCGUCUCCUUCGUGCCUACCAUGGAGGCCCCCAAUCGUGUCCCCGCCGAGCGCUUCUCCUUGCAGCUCGGCGGCCGCGGCCCCAUCACUUUCCUAGACUGCCGCCACGGCCUCCUGCUCAUGUUCCUCCCGUGUUGGAUCAAGGUCCUGGUGUGGGACCCCUUCACCGGAGACCAGCACCGCCUCGACAUUCCCCCGGGGUUCGACACGAAGCAGGGGAUCGGCGGGGCGGUGCUUCGCGCCGGCGGGGCCAUUCACCACUUCCAGGUGGUCUUGUUGGGCAGAGAAAAACAAGUGAUCACCGCCUGCGUUUACUCGUCCGAGGCGGGCGUAUGGGGCAUUCUCAUCUCGACUCCGCUUCCAAAUGAGGUGCCAGUUGAGUCCGAUUUUAGGGGCGUGCCUGUGCUGAUUGGGGAUUCCCUUCACUAUCUGAUUACGGGUGUCUGUUCUAGAAUCCUUGAGUUUGAUUUGAAUAGGAGGAUCCUAACCGUGAUAGCAGGGCCUGUAGAUAUUCUUGAUGUGGGUAGUUGCCAAUCCACGGUUAUGCGGGCAGAGGAUGGUGGGCUUGGUAUUCUAUUCAAGUCUGACUGCAAUGUCCAAUUAUGGAGGAGGAAGAUUGAUUGUGAUGGCGAGGCUUCAUGGGUGCUGGGAAGAACUUUUGAGCUAGACACGCUACUUUCCCUGAAUUCAGAGGAGAAAGAGCCUACGGUGAUGCUAGGCUUGGCUGAGUACAAUAAUGCGGUGGUGGUGCAGACGGUUGCCGGCCACUUCAUGGUCCAGCUUGUGUCAUUGCAGUUCAAGAAGAUGUCCGAAACCAGCAGCUGGCAUUUCCAUCAACCAUUUGAAAGUGUCUAUACUGGAGAAACAAGCAUUGGUGGUGGAGGACACAAUGGAGCUGAACUUUUGCACAACGCUUAAGAUGUCUGUCUGGUUCAGUAUGUUAUUAUGACGUAUUGGUUGAGUAGGUGUCUAGAACUGCGUUCUGGUUGCUGAGAUGCAUGAACGGGAUUGUAUGCUGCAGGUUCUUCCAUUUUGUGCGCUUCACAUGUCGACCGACUCUCUGUAGCACACACUCGUCAAGUGUGGAGAGUAACUGCAGGAAUUAAUCGUUUAAUUUGAUAACUACCCGCUGUUAUUAUCUAAUCGAAACUUCUUCCCGCACAAUACUUGUGCCCGACAUGUGCACGAUGUGCAAAUCCAGCGGCUAAUGCCCUUCUCAGUCAUAUGCAUGCCCGGCUGGAUUCAGUCAUCGUCUAUGAAUCAUGCAAAACUUGCCGUGUGUAUAGCACGAAUCCUAUCUAAUUUCUGUACACAAAUAGCCAUUCAACUUUCAUGAUGAAUACUUCGUCUUGCUUCA